AUGGAGAAAGUAUCGAUCAGAAAAGAGAGUAGUUUAGCCAAAGUGUUGGGGACUCUAUUAUCAAUAGUUGGUGCACUUGUGGUUACUCUGUACCAUGGUCCAGUGCUUAUGUCUUUACAGUCGGAUUGGGUUACUGGAGGUGGCCUUCUUGCUCUUCAGAACAUUCUUUACUCCUUAUCCUACCUUGUUAUGGGUAUUUUGAAUUCAGGAUACUAUAUUAUACAUACAUGGGCGGUGAUUUACAAGGGACCUGUGUAUUUGUCGAUGUUCAAACCAUUAUCUAUAUUGAUUGCAGCUGCAUCAACGACAAUUUUCCUCAGCGAGUCCAUUUACCUAGGAAUUUUGGUAGGAGGAAUAUUGAUAUCAGUAGGAUUUUACAUGGUGAUGUGGAGGAAAGCCUAGGAAGCUAAAGUGGACAUAUUAGGAACCAUUGAGUCCUCUCCUUCACAUGAAGCUCAUCUCUUGGGAAAUUAAAAGAUAACAACUGUGUUUUCUUUAGGUAGAUAUUAUUCUAAAGCUAUGAUAACUAAGCACUCUUCUACUAUAACUCUCUAUUUUAUAAUUUUGAUCUAUAAUGUUCUUAGUUAUUGGAUUUGAUUGUUUAUGUAACAAGAAGACCAUGAC